AUGGAUGGUUAUGGGAAUGGAGAUUUGAGCAAGGAGGAUCAGAGGAGAUCAGUGGAAGAGGAGUCUGCAAGGGGACAACGUGAAGACAAAGCCGGGAUGGGAAGAUCAACACUCUGGGAUUGGAAGACAAAGACGUGGGAUCUAAUCCAGAGAUCACAACGAAGACUUGGAUCAAGACAGGAUCAAGAACGAUCGAGCAGAAGUGAAGAUACAGCAAGAUUGUCCAGGUGGGACGAUCAUUGUACGAACAUGGGAAGAGUCAACAGGACGACGAAAUAUCAAAGUUCUCCAAAUCAAGAAGAGAAGAGUUUGGACGACAUAAGAGACCAUUCUAAGAAGUUUGGUCGAAGCAGAAUGCAAAUCGGACGAGCAGAUUGA